AAAACAUGUUUUAUUGAAAAGAAAGUGUUGGUUUGCCCAAAACACUUUUUUUUUUUUUUGCUAUCUUCCAAAAUAUAGGUACUUUUAAACGUUUGGUCAAGCUUACUUGUAUUUUUCCAAAAUAUUGAGUUUAAAAUGGAGUUUUGCUAACCAUGAUCCAAACACAACCCUAUUUGUUUUCCUAAAAAUGCAAUCCAAGACACCAUUAGAUAUCAUAUAAAGCCUUUGAAUCUCUUGUCCUUUGUUACACUGCUUCAUCUUAUUCUCAUUUUUGUGAUCUUUGGAGAUAGUUUUUGAAGAAGAAAGGAAGAACUGGCGUACACUUCCAAAGUCACUAAAGUAGCAUGCCACUAAGAUGCUACGCCAGUUGUUUUCAAUUCGGCUUGAGAUCAAAGAUGCAUGAUGAGUUCUUGCUUAGCAACGGAGCUGAGCUAUUAGAAGAGCUAAUUACUUAUGCAGAAGGUAAAAGUAAACCAAUCCGCAUUUUUUCCACACAAGAGCUUGAGAAGGCAACUAACAAUUAUGCAAAGGACUUUUUUAUGUAUCAAGAUUCAUAUUACAAAAUUUACAAGGGAACCAUCGAUGGCCGAGCUAUUAUCAUUUCUAAGCGUAAGCGGCUUGAAUUAUUUCACUCCAAGAGAACCUAUGAAGUUGCAAUUCUAUCCCAAAUUAACCACGCCAAUGUGAUGAAGCUACUCGGAUGUUGCCUCGAGACUAGAAUUCCAUUACUGGUUUUUGAAUUCUUCCCCCACAAAAGGCUUUAUCAACGAAUCCACGAAGUCGGAACUUUUCAUGAUAUUUCAUGGGAAAAUUGCUUAAAGAUUGCCACAGGAAUGGCGUAUGGUAUUACCUAUUUGCACAUAGGCACACCCACACCCAUCAUUCAUAGGGAUAUAAGAUCCAGGAAAAUUUUGUUGGAUGAAGAUUGUAAUGUCAAAAUUGUUGGUUUUGAUCUAUCGGUAUCAAUGCCCAAAGGUGAAUCGAAGAUAAAAUGCAAUGUAGCAGGGACUGACGGGUAUCUUGAUCCAGAGUACGCUUUGAAGGGGGAAUUAUCAGAAAAGAGCGAUGUUUACAGUUAUGGGGUAGUUGUGUUUGAGAUUUUAACAGGAAAGACUGCUAAAGAAUUGCAUUAUUACGAUUCAAUUUUUCUGUUUGUUGAAUGCAUGGAAGAGAAGCGUCUUGGAUUUGUCAAGGCAAAUUUUCUUAAAGAGGCGAAGAGAGAUCAACUGAUGGCAUUCGUACAGCUUGUUGGGAGAUGCCUUGCACGAAGCUGGGAGAAGAGGCCUACAAUGAAGGAAGUUGUUCAAGAACUCCGACGAAUUAAAGGGUUAUGAAAGUUGUCAAGAACAAGCCCUGCUCUUUGAUCACCAUAUGCCCCUUAGGAUGUGGUAAGAAACAUUUUGUUCAAUAUCAUGUAAUCGACAUUGGCAUUGUCAUAGCUUCAACCCAGCCGUUUGUAGUCAUUGUAAAGGAGAAUUCAAUCAAAUUGAAAGGAGUUCAAUCAUGUGGGGUCUACUAGAAUGGGCCCAAUACGGCAAUCCGAGCCAAUACGGUGUAGGAUCUUAUGAAAAAUGACGAAAAAAUUGAGAAUCUUGUAUUUCUCUGAUGAAUGGACCAACCCCCUUUCGGGUCCAGACCAUCUACAUGGAGGGAGCCCACCAAAUUAACUGCUUGGAUCUAUGCAUGUGGUAGGACAUGGAGGGGUUGUGUACUUAGCAACCUCUCUUUUACAAGUCAAAGCCAAAUCAAACCACACUUCUAAUUUCAUGAUUUGUGCAUGCAAACUCACCACAAUGUGAACAAAGUACUUUAACAGUAAGAAAAGAAAAGAAAAGAAAAGGAAAAAAAAAAAACAUACGAGUCAGCCAAAUGAGGCUGCCCUUUGGUUUAUGGCCUUUUGUAGGGGUAGAGAAAAAUAAUUUGCAAUUUUGGAAAUUUUAUUGGAAUUUCUACUCUUAGUCCUAAUUAGAAUUUCUGAAAUUCACGAAAUGGAACUCUUUUGUAUUGCAUUGGAAAGAAAGAGUUCUUUUAUAUCCUCACAAGAAUUGUUUUGUGAUUUUUAUGAAUUCCAUUAACAGUUAAAACCCCAAAAAUUGCAACCUAUUUUUCUCUCAGUCUUGGCCAAACACACCUUUAAAUACUUUAAGAAUCACAAAUGGCAUAGGAUUGCAUGGAAGCUUUUUUGGAAUUUUAGCAUAUCUUGUAAAUUCAUUGAUCUUUCAACUGUCAUAAUCUCCGCCCUAGAACUCAGGCAUUGGCAGCACAUUUUGGAUUUGUCACUGAUGACUACGAUCAUCUUCGCAGUUUUCCCAAAGGCCACAAUUGGUCACAGUUCUUCUUCCCAAGUAUCAAGCUGCGCAGAAGUCCAAGAAAUCAACCUUUAUGGACGUGUUUGGAUGCACUAUCAAAUUGAAAUGCAAUCAUUGCUCCAA